ACACAGACGAGGUGCACCAAGCGAGGUUUCCCAGUUACCACACCGACAAAGUACCAGUCGGUCUUUCAGCGCUCAACCAUGGCUACGCGCACCAUCCCCGGCGUCGUGAAAUACGGCAGUUACAAGUACGACGAUGGCACUCAGUACGUGGGCGACUGGAACGACAAGGGCCAGAAGCACGGCAUGGGGCACCUGGUACUCCCCGACGGCACUCGAUACGACGGGGGGUUCGAGGGGGGGCUCUUCAACGGCCUCGGGGUCAUCCACUUCCCCGAUGGAGCUAGAUACGAAGGGGAAUUCAUGCAAGGCUUUCACGGCCACGGAAUCUUCUGGAGAAACGACAACAUGAGGUUCGAGGGAGAAUUCAGAGGAGGACGCAUCUGGGGCCUCGGCCUCGUGACUUACGCAGACGGGUCCAACGGCUUCCCGCGUAAUGAGGGCUUCUUCCAAGAUUGCCGCUUUAUGAGGAAGACCAAGUGUCCUCAAGUUAUCCAGAGGGCCCAGAAAGUGUCUCAUAUUGCCCGGGCUCAGUUGGAUCAGUGAGGCCUCUUCCUUUCUCAUUCUCGUUUAAGAUUAAAUGUUCAUAGUUGGGAUGAAUAAAUGUGCUGGGCAUCAAGGUCAUAUAUUAUUUCUGGUUUAGAUUAGAAGGAAGUUACGAUUUGGAAGGAGAGAAAGUGGCGUUUGCAUUUUUUUUUCGUGGGGGGGGAGGAAAGGGAUUAAAUGUUCAUAGUUGGGAUGAAUAAAUGUGCUGGGCAUCAAGGUCAUAUAUUAUUUCUGGGUUAGAUUAGAAGGAAGUUACGAUUUGGAAGGAGAGAAAGUGGCGUUUGCAUUUUUUUUUUUCGUGGGGGGGAGGAAAGGGAUUAGCUGGUUGUAAUAUUUGUUUGUUUGUUUGUUUGGUCAUUGUGAAAUAAAUGUUCAAUGAAUAUA